CUUUGCGUAACCUUCGACACAACGCUUUGGACCGACGGAUGAAGACGAGUGAUGGAAGGUUAGCCAAUGAUGCCAACGGCUCUCGAAUGCAGACGACGUACGUUUCGGCAUUGCGUGUGUUUCCCGCAGGCGAAAAGAGCGAUCGCAACAUCAUGCACCACUUGCCGUACUAUGACAUGCGUGCGGCGCGACAGUUCUUGGCCAGCGAAGACACUGACAGCAUGGAGGACUACAAGCGACAGUGCCGAGCAUUGCUGAAAUCGACCGAGAAAUGCUUCAAGAAGAAAGCCUCACGAUUGAAGCGCAGUGUGCUCUACUUGUCCCUCUUGCAUCACCCACAAAACACCGUCGGCAUCGUCGCCACGGAUUCUCUCCAUUCCAUUACAUUCCACUACAACACCCUUGUACAUGCAUUGGAGCGCGGCAUGACGUCUCCACGUCGGACUCGUACAACAUCCCUCGACUCGGCCCGCCAAGAGUCGCUUCGAAUCGGCUUGGAACUGGAUCUGAUGAACCAGAGCAUUCACAAAGAACUCGGACGUCUACACACCGUCCAUUCUGUCCUCACCACGUUGCUCAACCACCUUCCAUAUGGGAUGCUGCCAGUCUUUUCCUUCCUUGGACCAGCGGACGUUGCCGCGGCGCUGUCCGUCUGCCGCUCAUGGCUGUCCAUGCUCACCGCGUACUGCACGUUGUCACAGGCAUUCUCACACCCUCACGAACGAUGGCAGUACUGGCAACGGUACCUCCUUAUCCAAACCACAAAGACCUCGCCAGAUCUUGACCAUCUGCACAUCGAUGACAUCGUCGUGUCACGAGUUUGCACAGAUGAUAUUCGCAACAUCGCCCUUCUCGACCAGGAAGUGCAUCGAACGACGUUCUUUCCCAAGGAAUCCAUGUACAUGCCAGCGUUGCUGUCCAACUCGCCCCCUUCAGGCUCUACAACAUACUUGCCUCGCAUCGGGUCGUACUCGUCCAGAUCCCCUGCACUCAAAUCGCUGCAUCAGAAACUGCACCAUCUUCUGUCAACAUUUGCCCACCAGUACCCCCAAGUGGGCUAUGGCCAUGGCAUGACGUUCGUUGGCGCCGCACUUCUCUCUACACUUCAGUACGACAUGGAUGCAUCCUACCGAGUCUUUGUCACGUUCAUGGAGAAACAUGGGAUGCACCACCUGUGGCAUGCAAGUCCGUCGUCGUUUGGCGCGGGCCUUCCCCGCCGACUCUGCCAACUGGAGCGCUGUGUCGACGUGUACGCCCCCGAAGUCGCCGCGCACCUCCGGGCCCAUAGCAUCUCGACGUCCAUGUUUGCAAGUAGCUGGAUUCUGUCGCUGUUCCUCAACGACAGGUCGCUGCCCCCGUCCACUUGCAUGCAUAUACUCGACACGUUCCUCGUGGAAGGCUGGCUCGCCAUGUAUGCGCUGUACAUUGGGCUGAUUGUCGUUCAUUCGAAGGAGUUGGUAGUUGCUACCGACGAAGCUUCGAUUCUCCACGUGUUGCUGUCGCUGCCCAAACACUUGGCCAUGCACGGGUUGGGACCGUAUCGCAUGUGUGCCCUCACCACCCUCUCCCCCUCGCUAGCCACAACGUUGUCGCUGGAAAUUGAGCAAGAGCCCCAUCCGUAAUACACCCGAUUGCAUUCAUGUCAAUCAUAUCAUAGCUCUUGUCAACUAUCCAAACAAGAUGGGUUCUAUAAUAAUAGGAUAUGGAUUCUAUUAGACCAAC